GGAAAGCGGCAACAUAUACAAUGCUCCUGUCCGACGCCAAGAUUUCCUACGAUUCGUGAAAAGUAUUAAAAUUCCGACCGACUGAACUUCAAACAGGUAUAGAGUUCAAAUCGCACAACAUGAAAAAAAGAAUGUCGGCCAGGCGAUUGCUGCUGACAGUGGCCGUUCUGGCCACUGGCUGUGUUAUGCUCUUUCUUCAGAAGGCCGCUCUCCCUGUACAUGUUAAGUACAUAACUGCACGCACAAUGCUGCCGAGUGAGGAACUGAAGAGUAUGGAAGAGCCUCUGGAAGCAAUUUCGCCCAGAGAUGGCCCGAAUUCAUCAAUGUCGCAUCAAUAUUCCACCGAAGAUUCUGGAAACCAAGAAGAAGGGAAAGUUAAAAUGCCAGGAGUUUACAAAUCAGAUGGGGAAGGAAUUGUCUGUGAUCGCUCUCAUACUCGAACAGACAUUUGCUCAGCAUUCGGGCACAUUCAAAUGCAUGCCAGAUCAGGUUUAUUCCUGUUGAAUGCUGUCAAUGAGAGCAAUCAUGGAAUAAGGGAGACUAUAAAGCCUUAUCCACGCAAAUGGGAAAGCAAGAUUAUGGAAUUAGUGAGUGAGGUCACUCUGGAGAGUAAAGCAGUCCACAAAAAUUCCUGGUUGAAAUGUGAUGUCCAGCAUAAAGUCCCAGCUGUUGUGUUUAGCACUGGCGGAUAUACAGGAAAUGUGUUCCAUGAGUUCAAUGAUGGUAUUAUCCCGUUAUACAUUACAUCACAGCAUCUGAAAAGAGAAGUUGUGCUCAUCAAUGUUGAUUGUCACAAUUGGUGGCUAACCAAGUAUGAUGAAGUGCUGAAUCAACUGACCAAAUACAGGGUUAUAAACUUCGACAAUGAAACUAUGAAUCACUGCUUUCCAAAGGUCACAAUUGGUAUGUCUAUCCAUGCUGAUAUGACAAUUGAUCCCACUUUGAUGCCAAACAAAGAAACUUACCUCAACUUUAGAGCAAUGCUGGACAGGGCUUACACUCCACACUAUGUUCAAAAAAAACCAGUCAAAAGGAGGAGGCCCAAUCUUGUGAUACUUGUUCGUGAAGGAAGUCGGGUGAUAGAGAACCUUAACCAAGUUGUGAAGUUGACCAAGCAAAUAGGAUUCAAUGUCACAUUAUGCAAGCCACUUCCAACCACUGACUUGAAGGACACAUACAGACUUCUUAAUUCAAGUCAUGUUUUGAUGGGAGUGCAUGGGGCAGCAUUGACACACUUUCUCUUCAUGCCUCCAGGUUCUGUGCUCAUUCAGAUUAUUCCACUUGGGAUUGAUUGGGCUUCUCGGACCUACUUUGGUGAUCCUGCAGAGAGGAUGGGGUUUCAGUACAUUGGGUAUAAAAUAGGCCUCCACGAAAGUAGCUUAAGUGACAAAUAUGGGAAGGAUGACACCGUCUUAGUCAAUUCAACAGCAAUAAUCAAGCAGGGGUGGUCAUUAACAAAAGAGAUAUACCUUGAUUCACAAAACGUUCAUUUGGACUUGGCCCGAUUCAAAAAUACUCUCCUGGAUGCCAAAAAAAGAGCAACGAAUUUCAUUCGGCAACAGCACAGGAAAGGAAACAAAGAAUAAGUAAGCUUUUAAUAGAUAUAUCUCUGUUAUGGCUGGACACCAUUUUCAGGUUUUUCUAUAGCUGCUCAUUUUUUUGCAAUGAGGCUGACAGUUAUAAAGAUCUGAGUUGCGACUGUAGGUUUUAGUGCCGCCUUGAUUUCCAUCAGAUCUUUUCAUGGCAUUCCAUGUAUGGUUCAGAGAAAUUUCAUGGAAUGAUUAAACCCGAUGAGAGCUCAAUGAUGUGUUUCUGGUUUCUUUGGAAGAUGAUUCACAACUUUCAAAUUGCAUAUGUAAACAGAAACGGAUUAGCAGCCUCUUGAGGGUUUACCUUGAAGUCUAGUUCUUUAUUGUUCAAACUCUGUGAUACUAAUAUAAGCCAAAAACUUAAAAAGAGCCAUAUUUCCUUUUUUUAACCCAGACACAGCCAUUAGUGGAUAGACUGCCUAAAAUCCAUUUAGGCUUCUAUUUUAGGAUGGCCGAUGCAAAGAUUAUGUGAGAUGUUGACAUUCAAAUUGUACAAUUUAAGAAUAAUUCCUCCUUGAGAAGAGGCACGUAUGGAAAUUGAAGUUUUCCAGGUAUAUGCAGGAAAGUUCCUAGACAUCAGAGCAACAUUCAAGAACAUAUGUGGUCUGCUGCCAAUUUAUACUUCAAGCAGCACAAUAAAACAUAAUAUAAAUCAAAUUGCCAUUUUUUCUGCCCAA